AUGUCCGAUAAUAAUAUUAACAAUACCAACAAUGAGAAAUUAAAACAAUUAACUGCAACUGCAACUACAUCAAAUGCUAAAGGUAAUUUGCAAGAAUCAAAAAAAUCAAUUGAUUCAAAAAAUAUUACUUCAUCUUCAAAUAUAUCAGAUCCAAAUUUAAAUAAUAAUAUUGGUAAUAAUGCUGCUCCAACUUCUUCUGGUUCUGGUUCUGGUUCUGGUUCAAAUUCAUCUGAUAAUUUAAAAAAUGAUCAUUCUUCUUCAAAUAAUCAUCACCAAGUUCAUCCUAAUAGUUAUCAGCAACAUCAAAAUCAACAACAUUAUCAACAGCAACAACAACAACAAUAUCAAUCUCAUAUUCCUCAUUAUUCUUAUCAAAAUUAUAACAAUUAUAAUAACUAUAAUAAUAGCAAUUCAAAUUCAAAUUCAAAUUCAAAUUUAAAUUCAAAUUCAAAUUCAAAUAAUUAUUAUACUAAAAAUUAUCAUGGUCAAAAUAAAUCAUAUAAUAAUAAUAAUAAUAAUAAUAAUAAUAAUAAUAAUAAUGGUAGACAAGGUUAUAAUAAUCAGAAUAAUCAAAGAUAUAAUGCUUCAAAUAAUAACAAUAAUAACGCAUCAUUACUGGCUAAUUCUGCUCCUUCAUCUCAAUCUUCAAAUAGAAAACAAUAUAAUAAUUCUAAAAUGAAUCAUCAUCAUCAGAAUAAUCAUCAUAAUCAACAUCAGCAGGGACAGGGACAGGGACAACAAGGCCAAAAACAACAACAAGGUCAGCAACAAUCUCAACAACAGUAUGUAAAUUUCCCGUACAAUGCUCCUCAAAUGUAUCCUUAUUUUGUUAAUCAGAUGGGUGGUUAUCCAUUGUAUGUACCUGGUGUUCCUGUUCCUUAUGCUGGAAUGCCAACUACUCCUACUAAUCAACAAUAUGCUUCAACAACAACUAAUUCUGGUAGUAAUACUCCUCAACAACAACAUUCUCAAAUUUCAACUCCACCUACUCCAAGAAUUAAAUUAACUACAAAAGAUGGUAAACCAGUUGAUUUAGAAGAGAAAAAGAGAAAAACUGCUUCUUCAACUCCUAUUGCUUCACCUCAUCCACCUAAUGCUUCAACAACUACUGAAAAAUCAUCAAAUACAACUAGUGAUGAUUCUUCAAAACCUUCAGCACCAGCAAUUGAAACAAAAUCUGCAUCUGGUCUUUCUGCUGCUGAAGAAUUUAAAAGAAAAAUUUUAGAAAAAGCUGCUGCUGCUAAACAAUCUAAAGAAGCUAAAGAUACUAAAGAAGCUAAAGAUACUAAAGAAGCUAAAGAUACUAAAGAAGCUAAAGAUACUAAAGAAGCUAAAGAUACUAAAGAAGCUAAAGAUACUAAAGAAGCAGAAGUAGAAACCAAAUCAGUUAAAGAUGAAGGAGGUAAAGAUACUAAAGAAGCAGAGGUAGAAACCAAACCAGUUAAAGAUGAAGAAGUGAAGGAAAUUGAAGAAAUUAAAAAAAUUAAGGAAGAUAAACAGGAUGAAAAAGAAAAAGAAAAUGAAUCAGUUGUAGAACAACCAAAAACGGAAGAAGUUGAUAAUAAAGAUACUACCGGCAUACCAGAAAUCAAAGAAUCAACCGAACCAAAAGUCGAAGAUAUAAAAGUUGAAGAUCAAAAUAUUCCAAAUCAAGCAACUGAAAAAAUUGUAGAGAAUGAAGAAACUAGUAAACCAGUUGAAACUAGUGUACCAGCAGAAACUGAAGUGUUGAAGAAUGAAAUACCUGAAGAAGAAACUAAAGAAGAAAAACCUGAAGCAGAAACUAAAGAAGAAAAACCUGAGGAAGAAAGUGAAGGUGAAUCAAAUAAACUUGUUGAACCAACAACUGAAAGUAUAACACAAAAAGAGGAUGAUAAUACACAAGAACAAUCUAAAGUAAUACCAGAAGAAACUAAAAAACCAGAAGAAACUUCAAUGAGUAUCUCCCAAUUUUUAGAAAAAGUUAAAGAAUCUCAAGCAAUUGAAAAUAUUUUUACUCAAAAUUAUCCUGAAAACAUUAAAAGUGUUGAUGGAAGUAAACAAAUUUCAGGUAAAAAUUAUAGAUAUGAUCCACAGUUUUUAAUUCAAUUUCGUGAUGUUAUUCAAUAUACCGUUGAUCCAAAUUUUAAAAAUUUCUUAGAAUCUAAAGAUAUUCAUUCAAUGGCAUUUAAACGUUCAAGUUCAAUUAGAGAACUGUCUACUCGUGGUAGUCCAAGCAGAACAAAUAGUGGAUUACCUUCAAGAUUUAAUGGUCCAAAUAAGGGUCCUGGAAUGUCAAAUAAUAUGGGAGGUUUUGAUGCUAAUAGACAAAACUCAAGAAGUGGUAGUAAAAGAAGAGGUGCAUCUUCAAGAGAUAAAUCAACAAGAAAAGGUAAUCAAUCAAAGAGAGGUGGUAGAGGUGGUCCUGAAAUGAGAGAAAAAACAGAAGAAGAAUUAGCUAAAGAAUCAAAAUCAGUUGAAGAAGUUAAACCAUUGGAAAAAUCAGCAAAUAGAUGGGUUCCUAAAUCAAGACAAGCUAAAACAGAAGUUAGAUAUGCUGAAGAUGGUAGUAUAAUAUUAGAAAGAGAAGAUGUUGAAAGAAAAAUUAAAUCAUUAUUAAAUAAAUUAACAUUGGAAAUGUUCACAGCUAUAACUGAUGAAAUGUUAACAAUUUCAAAACAAUCAAAAUGGGAAAAAGAUGCUCAAACAAUUAAACAAAUAAUAUCUUUGACGUUUGCCAAAGCUUGUGAUGAACCAUAUUGGUCGGAAAUGUAUGCUAAAUUUUGUGCUAAAAUGUGUACUGAUAUAGAUCCAGAAAUUUCUGAUGAAACAAGUACUUUGAAAAAUGGAAAUCAUCCUGCAGGUGGUGAAUUAGCAAGAAGAGUAUUACUAACUACUUGUCAAGAAGAAUAUGAAAAAGGUUGGUCUGAUAAAUUACCUACAAAUCCCGAUGGUUCACCAUUGGAACCAGAAAUGAUGUCUGAUGAAUAUUAUGCAAUGGCAGCUGCUAAAAGAAGAGGUUUAGGUUUAGUUAAAUUUAUUGGUCAUUUAUAUAAUUUGAAUAUGUUGAAUGAUCAAGUUAUAUUUGUAUGCUUAAAAGAUCAAUGUAAAAAUACAAUAGAUCCAUCAGAAGAUAGUUUAGAAAAUUUAGCACAAUUGGUUAAAACUGUUGGUCCUAAAUUAGAUGCAAAUGAUAGAACUAAAACUAUUUUGACAAUUGUUUUUGGAAAUAUUGAUAAAAUUAUUAGUGAUGUUAAAUUAUCAUCUAGAAUUACAUUUAUGUUGAUGGAUUUGAAAGAUUUGAAAAAAUCAAAUUGGGCUAAUGCAAAAACUGAAUCAGGUCCAAAAACAAUUGAAGAAAUUCAUAGAGAUGCUGAAAUAAAGAAAAUAGAGGAAGAAAAAGCUAAAAAUGAUAAGAAAAGAAGACAACAUCAACAACCUGAUAGUAGAUCAAAUUCUUCAAGAGCUGGUUCAUCAUGGAAUAAUUCAAAUGUUAAUUUAAAUUCUGCAUUUGCUAAAAAACCAAUGGGUAAUCAAAGAUCUAUGUCAAGUGGAGGAAAUCAAAUUCCACAAUCUUCAUCAUCAACAAAUCAAGAUUUACAAAGAGAAUCAUCAAAAAGAUCUGAAUCAACACAAAUAAAUAGAUUUGCAGCAUUGGGUGAUGCAGAUGAUGAUGAUAAUAAUGACAAUGAAGAUAAUGAAUAG